UCCUGUUAUUAGGAGGGGGGUGGGGGGCCGGCCGCUCGCUGUGUGGAGCCGUCGCGCGACCUCGGGCAGCCCCGCAGCGGCGCCUGACGCUCGGCCUGCGGGGACGGGAGUGGCGAGGCGGCCGCCAUGGCGUCGGAGACCCAGCUGAAGAAGAUGGUGUCCAAGUAUAAAUACAGAGACCUAACUAUACGUGAAACUAUCAAUGUUAUUACUCUCUACAAAGAUCUCAAACCUGUAUCGGAUUCAUAUGUUUUUAAUGAUGGCAGUUCCAGAGAACUAAUGAACCUCACUGGAACAAUUCCUGUGCCUUACAGAGGUAAUACAUAUAAUAUUCCAAUAUGCCUGUGGCUGCUGGACACAUACCCAUAUAAUCCUCCUAUCUGUUUUGUUAAGCCUACUAGUACUAUGACCAUUAAAACAGGAAAGCAUGUUGAUGCAAAUGGGAAGAUAUAUCUUCCUUAUCUACAUGAAUGGAAACAUCCACAGUCAGACUUGUUGGGACUUAUUCAGGUCAUGAUUGUGGUGUUUGGAGAUGAACCUCCAGUCUUCUCUCGUCCAACAUCAGCAUCCUAUCCACCUUACCAAGCAACGGGGCCCCCAAAUACUUCCUACAUGCCAAACAUGCCAGGUGGAAUCUCUGCAUACCCCGCUGGAUAUCCUCCCAAUCCUAGUGGUUACCCAGGCUGCCCUUAUCCACCUGGUGGUCAAUAUCCUGCUACAACAAGUUCCCAGUACCCCUCCCAGCCUCCUGUGACUACUGUUGGCCCCAGCAGGGAUGGCACAAUCAGCGAGGACACUAUCAGGGCCUCUCUCAUCUCGGCAGUCAGUGACAAACUGAGAUGGCGGAUGAAGGAGGAAAUGGAUCGUGCUCAGGCAGAGCUCAACGCUUUAAAACGAACAGAAGAAGACCUGAAAAAAGGCCACCAGAAAUUGGAAGAGAUGGUUACUCGUUUAGAUCAAGAAGUAGCUGAGGUUGAUAAAAACAUAGAACUUUUGAGAAAGAAGGAUGAAGAACUAAGUUCUGCUCUGGAGAAAAUGGAAAAUCAAUCUGAAAAUAAUGAUAUUGAUGAAGUUAUCAUUCCCACAGCCCCACUAUACAAACAGAUCUUAAAUCUGUAUGCAGAAGAAAAUGCUAUUGAAGAUACUAUCUUCUACCUGGGAGAAGCCUUGAGGCGGGGAGUGAUAGACCUUGAUGUUUUCCUAAAGCAUGUGCGUCUUCUGUCACGUAAACAGUUCCAGCUGAGAGCACUCAUGCAAAAAGCAAGAAAGACUGCCGGUCUCAGUGAUCUCUACUGACUUCUCCGACAUCCCCUGAAACUGAGCUCCUGAAAAUUCUCUCCUCUUCCUUUCUCUUAUCAGUAGGUGCCCAGAAUAAGUUAUUGCGGUUUAUCAUUCAAGUGUAAAAUAUUUUGAAUCAAUAAUAUAUUUUCUGUUUUCUUUUAGUAAAGACUGGCUUUUAUUAAUGUACUUUCUAUCUUCUGUAAACUUUUUGUGCUGAAUGUUGGGACUGACUAUGCUAAAUAAAAUUUGUUGCAUAAUUUC